CAAGAAUGCACCAAUCAGAGCACAGAGAACACAUGAUGUCAUAAAUGAGUCUGUAGUUACUGUGUGUUUUAUAAGUUUUGUGGAGUUAUGGAUGCAGACUGUUUCGUGUGCGCAGCAGAGACACAAACACGCGGCUGAUGGAAACAAUGUUUUUUUAUGAUUUCUUCUGACAGCCUGGAGUUGUUAUAACGCUGUGACGUCUCCGUGACGAUGGUUGUGAUAUAAAACCUGUGGAGCUACUUUCUGGUGAUGCUUGGUGUUUGUGAGACUGCAGCAGUGCGCAGACUCGUGCCUCGAGGCUCUGCUUUCGUGUUUUAGUUGCACCGGAGCUCGGGUUGCCUCCGUCGGUCGACCGUGAGGUUGCAGCUGCAGUUGCUGCCGUCACGGUCGCUGAUUGGCUGCUCGCUCAGUUCCUCCUGAGGAAAUCACUCCUUUUAUAGUUAACGGAGCGCCGCGCGGUUGUUUUCCGGGUUCACACUCGCGCAGCAUGUAGAGGAGGCGGACCGCCGGGAGACACCUGGACCACCGCGGACACACCGGAGCCCGGACGCACGGCAUCGAUCCGCACCUAUCGAUCAGCUAUCAGUGAAGCAUGGGGAACCUGAUCAAGGUAUUAACCAGAGACAUCGACAACAACGGUGGAAACUUCUUCCUGGACUUUGAGAACGCUCAGCCCUCACAGUCGGAGACGGACGUGUGGGAGAAGGUGAACCAGGUACUGACGGAGGCUCAGGUCAUCCUGGAGGACCUGCAGUCGUACAAAGGGGCAGGAGAAGAGAUACGACAGGCGAUCCAGAAUCCCAGUGUGGAGGGCGUGCAGGAGAAGGCCUGGUCUGCUGUCGUUCCUCUGGUCAUAAAACUCAAAAGCUUCUAUGAGUUCUCCCAGAAGCUCGAGACCAGCCUGCAGUGUCUCCUGGACGUCCUCACCAGCUCCAGCUCCACUCCCACGCAGCACCUGGAGCAGAAGCAGGCUCUGGCCCGGCAGUUCGCCCACAUCCUGCACUUCACGCUACGCUUCGACGAGCUCAAGAUGACCAACCCCGCCAUCCAGAAUGACUUCAGCUACUACCGCCGCACCAUCAGCCGCAUGCGAAUCAACAACCUGUCUUCUGAAGCAGGCAGUGAAGUCAACAACGAGCUGGCCAAUCGGAUGUCUCUGUUUUACGCCAGCGCCACGCCGAUGCUGAAGACGCUAAGCGACGCCACGUCGAAGUUUGUCUCAGAUCAUCCAGAGGUGCCGAUCGAAAACACGACAGACUGCCUGAGCACGAUGGCCAGCGUGUGUAAAGUGAUGCUGGACACACCGGAGUAUCGCAGUCGUUUUGCGAGUGAGGAGACCGUGUUAUUCUGCCUCCGUGUGAUGGUCGGCGUCAUCAUCCUGUACGACCAUGUUCACCCAGCUGGAGCCUUCGUUAAGACCUCCAAUAUAGAUAUGAAAGGGUGCAUCCGAGUGCUGAAGGAGCAGCCGCCCAGCAGCGUGGAGGGUUUACUGAACGCUCUCAGGUACACGACCAAACAUCUGAACGAUGAGACUACCUCCAAGCAGAUCAAAAACAUGCUGCAGCAAAAUUAACCCGACAUGAAACUGGAAGGCUGCAGGGAGGUCACAGUGUUUGGUCCGAAUUUCAAAAGAACUACUGAACAAACCUUUAUCUAAUAUUUCUGUGAUUAUUGUUUUAAACUGUCAUUUUGAAAAAAAAAAGCUGUUUUUGUUGUUAAGAAAUUUUUUUAAAAAGGGAAAAAAAGGACAUAAACCAAGAACAAUUGGUUAAAUAUGAACUCGAGUCGCAUUCACGUCAUGUGUGGUUUACAGGCCACCUGGUGGACAUUAGCAGUAGUACAGCUGACUUAAUGUCUUAAAUCUCUUUUGCUGGUUAUUGCAAAUUUACAGAAAGUCACACAUGCAGAAAACAUAUCAGCGCCCUCUGGUAGAGGCGUUUGUUCCAGCCCAGCCUAAAAGCAUCCUGAUGAUGUCGCAUCCACACCUCUGUCAUUAGCAAAGUUUACAAAGAAGCUAGGAAAGUAAGAAAAGCCAGUGAACAGGCCGAGAGUGUCACUCUGGCCUUUUAGACUUCAUGUUGUAAAUGCAGGAAACAGAAGUAAACAGGAAAGUUCACCAGUGGAGAUGAUGAUGAUGAUGGACAGCCAUGUGGGUAAAAUUUCAGACGCAUGGAAAACCUGGAGGUCUGCCUGCAGCUGAUUGGGUCUCAUUUAUAUAACAGAAACAAUCAAAAGUGAGGUCGCAGCAGUUCGAUGUCAGAGGGUUUAAAAAAGUCAACCACACGACUAAAAUCUCCAAACCUGCGGAGCGAGCGCUCAGCAGGUCGUCUGUAACGCUCAGUGACGUGAAUGCGGCUCGGUCGGCCUUUAAAGCAGCACAGAUCAGUCAGUCUCCAUCUGUUUAAGUGUUUUGGUGGUUUAAUCACCACUUCGGCCUCUUUUCCAUCACAAUAAUUUUUUUUAAGAACCCAAGACAGCUUUUAUCUGAACUCCUCGGCCGUCGUUCCUCAAAGAAAAAACCCUCUGUGGUUAUUUUGAGGAUCUAUUUUCUCCACCAGUCCUCUCACCAGCGGAACAAGAUCCAAACAUUAUGGAAACCAUCUGAAAUUCGACAUCACUGCCAGUCAGCUGUAGUCGAACAAAACCUUCGCACUCCUGGAGGCAGAUUUUAUUGUCCUCUUCUGAGGAUGUUUUCCCCCUCACAUUUAUAAAAUGAGCAUUAGUAUGUUUUUAGGGUCUUGAACCGCUGCUGUUGUUGUUUCCAAAAUCUUUAUCAAACAAAACCAACAUGCAGGAAAACCAACCCGUCACCACGGCCGUGUGUCGAGUCCUGCUCUGCAGAACUCACACUUUUAUUUUUUAACUUUAAUGAAAUGUAGUUUGAUGUCUGCAGUGAGGUGAGGUCAGCUGUACAAAACGUCACAGCCAAAGCUGAUGUAGCCAUCUCAAACAUUACAGAAGAGUUUCAUCGAGCUGAGGUUAGAUGUUUCAGUCUGAUGGUAAAUCUGAGGCCUUUUCAGUGUUUUCAUUUUCUUGUGUUAUGACUGUGCUGAGUUGUUCUAAUUAUUUGAUGGUACGUUGAAGUUUCUUUGGUGGAAAAGCUUUAAUUCCUCAUUUGGUCCCCUGGUUUAACCAAACACACCGUUUCAAAUAGUUCUCUGUGGUUUCAUGUAUGUUCUUUACACUCAGCUCAAUUUAUCUUUCAUUUGUUAAGCUUAGACUGAAACGUUGUUGAGGUUUGAAAUCCUCUAACACAGAAGAGUUUAACUGUCGGGGGGAGGGGCUGAGAGCGGGUAUCAGCCAACCAAAGAACCACUGUGAUGAUGAUGAUGAUGAGGAUGAGGAGGAGGAUGAGGUACGAGGGAAACCGAGGAGGACUUUACUUUGGGCCGGCUGACUGGAAACUUUGAGCUUCUUGUUUUGCUUUGUACGUUAGCGCUGCCGUUUCAGGGACUGUAUGGCAUUAAGUGUUUGAAAUGAUGUCUGUGUUGGCAAAAUAAACUUUUUACAUUUUUAAGAA